CAAGGACACCAGCCAGCUUCCCCCAUGCCAAGAUCAAGCCGUGCCAGGCACCGUCUAGAGCUCCCAUGCCAGCAUCAGGGGGUGCUAGGAGCUGUACAGACCCCCAGGCUGGGAUUGGGCCAUGCUGGGCACCUGACACUGGCUGAUGCCCAGGGUGGGGCUGUUCUUGCCCCUAUAUCAGCACUCCUAAACCGCUGGGGCACUUUUUUCACAGCUACGAUGGCGACAGGUACCCGGAGCCUUUGCCUGCUUCUCGUGGGGCUGAUCUUGGCGGGGCUCCCAGCACCGGGGGUCACCGUGCCCGGGGGAAUCCAGAACAUCCCUGUGACCGAUCCCGAGGUCCGGGCAGCCACAAUCGUGGCCGUGGGGGCUUUCAACCAGGACAGUGACAGCCCCUUUGUCUUCCGGGCAGAGAAGGUCAUCAGUGCCCAGAGCCAGGUUGUUGAGGGCUUCAUGUACUACCUGACGGUGGAGCUGGAGAAGACCCUGUGCCGGAAGGGGGAAGCUCAGGACCCCCAGGCCUGUCCCCUGGCCCCUGCCGACCAGCAGCAGGGGCUGAUCUGCAAGUUCCAGGUCUGGUCCCGCCCGUGGCUCUCUGACACCCAGGUCAUGUCUCAGAGCUGUGUCCCAGCCCAGGCCUGAGCCCCAGACCACACCUGCCCCUGCCCAGCUCUGAACAGGUCUCAAUAAAAGCCUCCUUGGAGCCUCUGCCUGGUUCUUUCCU